CUGCAGCAUAUUCGUAUUUGAGCUUUCAGUUCGUAUUUGACUUCUUGUGCUUGAAAUGGUUUCUGCAAUUGCUCACCUUGAGCGCGAGUGCCUAGUAUCUGCUAUCUACAUUUAAUUAAUUGACAAAAUAGUAAUUUUUCCUACACUUUCAGUUCUAAAAAAAUUCUAAUUACAUUGUCUUUGUAAAAUUCCGCGUCUGUGUGAGUGUGUGUUGGCUAAUUUCUUCUUUUGUAAAAAGGUGUAUUUAAACAGGUGCAAAUAUGGACUAUCGAUAUUUAUUCAUUGCUUUCAUUUUGAAUGUUAAUCCUAUCCUAUCGGAUGGUGGUAUAGAUCCCUACAUUACACAAACUGUUUAUGGAUUUCUCGAUUUUACAACAACGAUAGGCAAUACUGUAAUGGUAUUUUCACCACAAAGUGCUCCACCACCAAUCGGUAAAAUCGAAUUACCAACCAACAUAAUUGAAACCAAACCGCUUGUUACAAAACCUACGGAGGACGAAACUAUUAAACCAACCAAACCAACGAACACCGAAAAGUUACCGACCAAUAAACCUGUGGAGAAGAGUUCAAAAACUACUAUUGUGGAGGCUCAAAAGAAUAAACCUGUGGAGAAGAGUUCAACAACGACUAUUGUAGAGGCUCAAAAGGAUAAACCUGUGGAGAAGAGUUCAAAAUCGACUAUUGUUGAGGCUCAAAAGAAUACAAACAACAACAACAAUAGUAAUGUGAAGAUAGUAACGAGUAGUUCAGUGGUGGUUACGGCACAAACAUCGCCGGAGCCCGUCGAAGAGCAACCCGCACUACAAAUAGAAAACAAUGUUUUUGAAUACGAUUUGCUCUCUCGUCAACCAGCCGAAUAUGCCGAAGAAACGUAUCGUGUCAUUAACAAUAAGGCUACAGAUAAACCACGAAACAGACUUAAUCAACGCCGAACUUACGAUGUGUCUUCGGAAGCAACUAUUGUACACGAAGCAACAACGGCGAAUCGUUUAAAACCGAGUCAAGCCGUGGAGAACAAACCGCAUACGCCUAGUGGACCCAAAGGCAAGAAACCGAAGAUAAGAACAACUGCACCGUUACGUGUUUUGAAGACUACAACACCUUCGUUAUCCAAACCAGCGCCACAGGAGCAGAAAAAUAAUCGCAUCUCCGGUUCGAAUCGUCACAAUGGCAAAGGCAACCGAGCCAAUAAUCACGAACAAGAGCAUGUAACGAUCACCGAAUCUGUGGUUGAAUCGUCACAAGUAACACAGAGUCAUAAAAAGAGUUCGUCACGCAGUAAGCCUAAAAGGAAAAGCAAAAAUAAUCGAUCAUCAGCUAAUGCGCAUAAAAGUAGUGCGGUCGUGUUGGCAUCCUCUGCCGAGCCGGGCCGCAAAACAUUCCGCUCAAAGGUGCGACCCUCGAAUGUGGAAUCGCAAGCUUCUACUAGCGUCUACAUGUUCAAAUUGAAUCGUACUCCCGGUAGAUGGCAGUACACGACAACGCCGAAACCCCGAGUAGCAAUACGUAAAAAUCCGGAGGGCAACACCACGAAAUCCGUAGACGCUUUUGCUGGCAAUCCCAGCUUAAACGUAAUAUCCGAUAAUGGUGAUCUGGAAUCGUCGGGCUCACAAAACGGUGCUGUUGUCAAUAAUAUAGAUCAAGGUGGAAAUUAUCAACAUCUAGUGGAGACCUUGAAUGUGGAGAUAUCAACACCAGCAAAUUUUAAGGAUACCUACUAUGAGUUGGCGACCAUUAAAACACCGUACGCUUUUCAGGUCGGUGGUUUGAAGAAGACCCGUUUCAUAACAGUCACCUCAACGAUAGAGAAAACGCUGACGCCCGAUCCAACCGAAGUACAAAUACCAGAUGGUCCGCUAACCGAAAACAUUUUGGCACCAUCAUCACGGGAAGUCAACUUUCUACGUGAUACACAUGUCACAACAUUGAAACCCUUACACAUUACCGAAAAUGCCGAGACGCCAAAUUUGGAAACAGUGGUGGACUCAUUUAGUACAACCACGAAGAAAUUGCGCACACAAGUCUUACCAAUUGUCUUUGACAUCAACAAUGAGACAUCAUAUGUCACACUCACACAAACUUACGACAUCACAAGCCUUAUAACGGUAACGAAAACACUGUCACCACUGGAAACUGAUCUGCCGCUAAGGAGCUUCACUGACUUUGGUGCGAAUCUGGAUGAGGCGGGCUCCGAAAUAAAUCUAGAAUUGGAAUUCGGUGAUGAAGAUAAUGCGGAAAACACAAAGGACGACAAAUCAUAUCGCCCCAAAUUAUCGGAUAUAGCUGAUCUUUUUGGCAAGUCAUCGAAUCUAACGGCUGAGGAAUUACAAAGAUUGGCGUUGUGGAAAUUGCAAAGUAAUUCGCAACAAUUCUCCUCACUACUAAUGCCCAGCAUACCACAAUACACGCCGGAGAGCACACUACCAUUCCCGCCCAUUACACCGUCCAUAAAUCCAUUCCUGCUGCCCUUACAGCAAUUCCAGACGAUAACCUCCAGUAUUGUGCAUGAAACGAUCGCAACACAGACGAAUAGUAAAGUCUUAAAAUUAACCUUUGGCGCACGUACGGCAUACACGACAAUUUACUCGAGUGAAGUUGUGCCGACACGUGCGACCAGCUACAUCACCACAUCCAUACCCGUGCAGCCUACGCCACCGGCAUUCCCGGGCUACUUUCCACCACCAUAUCCACAAUAUUAUCUCGGUUAAGUUUAGUUAUACAAAGUUCGGGUGCCCGAAAGCGCGCUCUCGUUCUUUUGUGUGUAUGUAUAUACUAGUGUUAGCAUCAUUCUUUUGUUUUCAUUUGGUCUUUUAUAAAAAUCCUAUCAAAUACUCGUCCAUUUAUUACUUCACAAACAACAAAUCGAACUUAGAACAUAUGAGAUUCAAUGUUAUUGUAUUAAAUUUUUUGCGUAGUUUCAUUCAUUUCGUUUUAUAAUAAAAAUUUAAACCAAAUUACAAUGAA